GCGUGUCUACAUGAGGAAGUAGGCGAGACGACGUGCAAUGUGUUCGGCUACACCCCCACGCGAGCCCUUUCAUUCUUUUAUGUUCUUCAAAAAAAAAGGUUCCAUAAUAUAACAUACUGUCAGUGAACGUCACAUUUGAUAAAACGCGGUGUAGUUUUUGUGAGGUCACGUGACAGGCUCAUUAGCAUCUCGCACACUUGACCCAUAUACACGGGGGUCCUUGAUUUACGACGGGCAGUUCCGUUCUACGGCGGCGACGUAAGUCGGAACGAGCCGCAGUCGAUCACUAAAAUUAAUCCAUCCAUCCAAUUUCAAAAGCGCUCAUCCUCAGUAGGGUCGCUGGAGCCGAUCCCAGCUGACUCUGGGCGAGGGGCGGGGGCCAAUCGCAGGGCACAUGGAAACAAGCAACCAUUCACACUCACAUGCACACCUAUGGACAAUUUAGAGUCUUAAUUAACAACACGCAUGUUUUUGGGAUGUGGGAGGAAACCGCAGUGCCCGGAGAAAACCCACGCAGCCACGGGGAGAACAUGCAAACUCCACACAGGCGGGGCCGGGAUUUGAACCCCGGUCCUCAGAACUGUGAGGCAGAUGUGCUAAGCAGUAGCUCACCGUGCCGCCUACUAAAAUUCAAAUCAUAAUUAUAAAACAACCAAAUGAAAAACAGUAUGGUGGUAAGUUACUCAGCAUGCCUUCUUAAGAUGCCUCUGCCAACGAAGUAAUAAAGUCACCAAGUAAAUAUUUACUUAAAUACAUACAUACAUACUUUAAAUACAGUUCUAGGUGAUAAUUAUAAAACGAUCAAAAUUAAAAGCUUUUAAGUAUGACGGUAACCGAGCAUGACUUCUCGUGCCGCGUGACCACGUAAUUCUUACACUGCGCCUUAUUCCAUUACUAACCUACGCUAACACAUUUAUUAGGCCAUAAUUACAGUAAAUAUUUGUAUGAAAUACAGUUCUAGGUCAUAAUUAUAAUAAAAUAAAAUCAAAUUAAAAACACUAAGUAUGGCGGUAAAUGAGUGUAACUUCUUGUGUCGUAAUCUUACGCUGCGUCGUAGUCCAUCACUAACCUAUUUUGGCGCAUUAAUAAGUCACAAUUACAGUAAAUAUUUGUAUGAAAUACACUGCUUUGCAAUAAAUAUCAAAGUGUCAACUCGAAAACAGUGACUAUGGCGGUGACUGAGUGUACCUAGUUGUGCUGCGUGACCAAGUAGUCUUAGUCCACUAGUACUGUAAGAUAUCCAUCCAUCCAUUUUCAACACCGCUUAUCCUGGUUAGGGUCGCAGGACGCUGGACCCUAUCCCAGCUGACUUCGGGCGAAAGGCGGACUACACCCUGAACUGGUCGCCAGUCAGUCGCAGGGCACAUAUAGACACGGACAACCAUUCGCACUCACAUUCACACCGUCACUGAGUGGGAACUGUACCCACGCUGCCUGCACCAAAGUCAGGCGAGUGUACCACUACACCAUCAGUGACUUGUACUGUAAGAUAUUUGUAUGAAAUACACUUCUAGGUAAUAAUGAUAAAACAUUCAAGCGAAAAACAGUAAGUACGGUAGUAACGGUGCGUGCGCUCUUGUGCCGUAUUCUUACACUGUGCUGUAGUCUAUCAGGAACCUACGCUAACAGUAGAAAAGUCAUGAUUAUCGAAAAUAUUUAAUAUGAAUGGAAUGGAAUAAAACAGGCGGCACGGUAGGCGACUGAUUAACACAUCUGCCUCGCAGUUCUGAGGACCCGGGUUCAAAUCCGGCCUUGCCUGUGUGGAGUUUGCAUGUUCUCCCCGUGCCUGCGUGGGUUUUCUCCGGGUUUCCUCCCAUGUUCCAAAAACAUGCCUGGUUGGUUAAUUGAAGACUUAUGUCUCAAAAGUGUUCUGUCAAUUGACUGUCUGUUGUCGUACUAGAGCGGCUCCAACUACCGGAGACAAAUUCCUUGUGUGUUUUUGGACAUACUUGGCAAAUAAAGAUGAGUCUGAUUCUGAUUGUGCGCCAUUCUUAACCUUGAAAUGUAAUUAUUACAAUAAAUAUUUACAUGAAAAAAACUUAUAGCUACAAAUAGAAAACAAUCAAAUAAGCAAUAAUUUCGGGGGCAACUGUGUGUUCCUGCUCGUGCUGUGCGGCCACUUCAUUCUGACGCCAUUACGCAAAUUAGUUCAUUGUCCGCCAUUCCUUGUCUUGAAAUGUUGUAUGUCAGAAACGUCUUAAACCUAAGACAUGCACUCCCCACGCCACACACACACACUUCUUUGACAAGGUUUUGUUGUUGUUGCUCAUGCUAUGCUCAUUUGACGCACUAAUAUAUGAUGAUGUUCUUAUAUCCAAGAUGUCUAAAUGGGUAUGACCCAAAAUGGAUGCUCAGCUGGCUACAGUCCUGUCAAGAGGCAGCCUGGAGGUCCAAAAUGGCAGCCAGUAUGCAGUAGCGUCCGAGCUGCUGAGCCACGAACCAAAGGGGGACCCGCAGGAGACAUGUUCGGACGCUACCGGGGAAGGUAGCCUCCGGUCGUGCCCCUCCAACCGGGAUGCUCUGUCAAUCAACAGGAGAAAGCCAGAGGUGGGCGGGACUUGCGAGCUCGCCCCCCAGGAAAUGAGCGAGAUUCAUGGGUCGAGGCAGGCAAUCAGAAUCCAAAUUAUGGUUCCCCCUCUGUGCCAGACACCCAACGCGUACUCCGCUGCCAGUUCCACCAAAGACUUGCAUUUCGGUAGUGCACGAAAAACAAACCAAAUAUCUGUAGUCAAGACCAAGGACCAGGGAGUGGAGCUCACGGCAGGGAUGCACGCAAGGGGAGAUGUUUUGGAUGCCGAGACCAUCCACUCGGAUCUCUCGGGAAUCCCAAAAGAAACCCAUAAAGCCAAUGACGUUCUAUUGCUGGGUCAGGAAGUAAAGGAAGAAUGUUUAGAGAGGCGAGUGGAGGACUCUGUGAAGGUUGUGGCCUGGGCGGAGGAGCAGAGCGAGCCUCUGGACUUGAGUCUCCCCAAGAAAAAAGAGAACCGGGACCCCAGGCACGGACGCUUUAUGGACGCAUGCGAUAGCUUGCUAAUUAUGGAGGUGGACGAAUAUGAGGGUGAGGGAGACCGGGACGUGGUGGAGGAGGAUGAAGAACAACCCGCCUUUUACCCUGCUUCUGUUUUCGCCCAGGACCUUCUUCUCAUAGACGACCAAGGCAUUCCGUACACGCUUAGCCCAGAUGGACUCAGGGUGCCGCAAGUGGACACCACCGCCUCCGAGGGCCGGGUCGAGAACGAGGUGUCCUCGCAGUUUCCUGCCUCAGCAGGUUCAGACCACAGUCUAAGUAUGGCUGAUGCACUAAAUGCACCUUCUGGUGACAUGAUACCUUCACAGGUCUCUGAGUUGCCGUCGCUGACUCCACAAGUCCUCAGCAGUUUGGAUGCAAACUCCUCCGAGGCCUCUGGACUAUCCAGCCCCAACCAGCCCAUCCAGAUCAUUACAACACCUUCCUCCAGUGCUCCCAUCCUGCUCCCCUCUGGUCCACUUAGUCUUUCUCUUCCACUGUCUGUCACCCGCAGCACUGUUGGUGCUUCGGCUCCGAUGUUCCUCCUCCUUUCCUCUGGUGACUCUACCUCCACCCCUAUCGCCAUCCUGGACCCCUCAACCGGUCAGCUGUCCCAGAUCUCCCUUCCUCUGGUUUCUGGUAAUGCGUUAUCUCAACCUGUCAUGGGAUUGGGUCUAAACAGCCCCACUAUGGUCCUGUCAGGAGGGUCCGGUAAUGUCCUCACUUCUAAUCUAGCUGCUGUUUCCUCUUUACUCAUUCCUACUCACGUCGACUCCUCUGUCGGAACUGAAGCCAUACCUGCCGAGCAGGUCUCGAACGAGAGCGAUAAGCCAUUAUCUUUAAGAGCAGCCGCUGCUACUUUGACCCCCGACCCCUCAGACACCCAACUCCUGGACCCCGAUCCCCUGGACGAUCACAUGUACUUCUCCAGUGCCGCCGCUCCUUCCUCGCCACCUAAGCUGGACCCCCUGGACCCCCUGGACUCCCUGGACCCGCUGGACCCCCUGUCUCCUACGGAUUCGUCCAAUGACCCUUCUGCCCGGCGGGUACUCUACUGCCAGCUGUGCCCUCGCAUCUUCUUUUACCUCUCCGACCUGGAGCGCCACGCCAUCACGCACUCGCAGAAGAAGCCUCACGUUUGUCAGCAGUGCGGCAAAGCCUUCAAGCGCUCCAGCCAUCUGCAGAGGCACAAGCACAUCCACACGGGCCAGAGGAACUUUGUGUGUCCCAUCUGCGCCAAACGCUUCAGGGAGGCCGGCGAGCUCCAGCGCCACCAACGGGUUCACACGGGCGAGAAACCCUACCAGUGCCAACUUUGCCACACGCGCUUUGCCGAGCGCAACACGCUGCGACGCCAUACCAAACGCAAGCACCCCUUCCACCAAGUGGCCAUGGAAAUGCUCAACGAGCGAGGCGGAGGUGGCGUCGGCGUUCAUCACGAAGAAGAGGAGGAGCCCGCUGAAUGGUACAGCUCCUCCGUGUCUCAUCUGGAAAACUCUGAUUCUGAAAUGGAGGCUUGAAAAGUCCCAAACAUACAAAGACGGGAGCACUUGCAAUAUUUAUUUUGAAAAAUAAUGUAUUUAUAUAAAUCUAUGUUAUUCCCAUUGCAUUUAAUGGCCAACAAAGACUUUAUUAUGCCCUUUUGGCUGAUUUUGACAGCUCAAUAUUGAAAUAAUGAUUUUGAUGUAAAUUCAAAAUGACAUUUCUAUGAAAUUGCAUUCCCCCACAAUCAAUGACGAGACCUUUAAGUGCUUAAAGAUAACUUCAACAAUUCUCAGCGUCUUGUAUUAAACAACCUAGUAGUGAAAUCUGUAUUUCUUAACAGAAACACUGUGAGUCAUUAUCCCUCUCUCUUUUUUUUUUUUAGCACAAUAUUAACUUUUUUCAUGUAUUGAAUUUAAAACAAAAAAGAAAGCUUUUCAUGUCUAUGUCUAUGAUUUGAUGUAUUUAAUCCAUAUCUUUCAGGACCAAACAAGUUAUUGCAACGCAUACUAUACAUAUUCACAUUUUGCUUAUUUGUGGAGUAUAUUUAAGUGUUUAAAUUACAUUUUGACAGCUUCCAACCUUAGUCUUUGCCUAUUUUCUGCAUGUUUACACAAUAUUAAAAAAGAAGCAGAAACAUCGUGUCAUUUUUACUUGUUUUUUAGCAUAAUAUUCACUUUU